AUGCUCAGAGAGAGAGAGAGUGAGGAGAGCAGGAGAGCAGGAGAGAGGAGGCCCAGUGGAGCAGGAGGGAAGCGCUAGGGGCAGCAGAAUACAGAAAUGUGGUGUGUUUAGUAAACUGAAGCAUUUCCACUGGAUACCAGGAAGAGGAGCUGCUAUAUUUUACUUGUGUGAAAGAAAACGGAGAGAAAGAAAGAAAGAGAGAGAGAGAGAGAGAGAGAGAGAGCGCAAAAGAGGGUGGAGUGAGGUGAUCUAUCGCAGCAGCCGCCAGGGACUGAAAGGCCAGCAGUGUGUGGGAGCCAGUAGCAGAGAUCUCCCCUCGUCAUGGGCAAAUCAGCCUCCAGGUUGUUUUGUGAGGAGGUGCUAAGGAGUCAUAAUGAGUACAGGAGGAAACACCAGGCCCCGCCGUUGAAGCUCAGCAGUAAGCUCUGCAGAGAGGCGGCGAGGUAUGCCGAGAGCCUGGCUAGCACCCGGAUCCUUAAGCAUAGCGCUGAGUCCAGCAGGGGAAGCUGUGGAGAAAACCUGGCCUGGGCAUCUUAUGAUCAGCCAGGUAAGGAUGUGUCUGAUCGCUGGUAUAAUGAGGUGAACCAGUACAACUUCAACCAGCCUGGAUUCUCCUCUGCCACUGGGCAUUUCACUGCCAUGGUGUGGAAAAGCUCGAAGAAGCUCGGCGUGGGGAAGGCUGUAGCCUCUGACGGCUCCACCUUCGUGGUGGCCCGCUAUUUACCGGCGGGCAACAUCACCAACCAGGGCCACUUUCAGGCUAACGUCCUGCCCCCUAAGAGCUGACCUCGGAACAGCCGUGGCUAGAGCGCAGAUGAUGGGGAGCUGAGAGAAGAGUUGGACGCAGGUCUGAGAACAGCUAACGAAUGCCCUGGAUGGCCAAACAUUAUCAAACACACUGACCAUGAUAUGAAGUAUUUAGUUCGUCUUAACAUGUUCAAAUGUACUUGAAUGCUAAAGCCGAGUCCAUGUUCACAAAGAUCACCCAUAAGACAUCACGCAGAUUUCCUGAGCAAAAAGUAAUGUUUGCUGGAGGUUUCAGUCAAACAAAUUAAUCUGUGCUAGGGAACUAAUCUUUGCGAACAUGGAGAUUAUUUUAUUGUGUCUUUAGGAACCUUUUAAGAACUUGAAAAUUGAUGUAAGCUCAUGUGUGAUAUUGGGUUUGUAGUUGCAAGGCACCUGUGUGUCUCUAAGACACCCCCUCCCUGCUAUUGUCCUGAAUUGUUGCUGUUAGGUGUCAGUUAAGGGGAAACUUUAAACAUCCUCAGUACUGUGAAAAAAACAACAACAAAAAAAAAACUGUUGUACCAAUUCUCUGUAUUUCCAGCUGUGGUCUGGGUGACUUACAACGCUACAUAUUUUAACUGGUUAGGGUCUCUCUGCACAAGCUUGUCAAUGCUACAGUUAAUUAGUAUUACAAUAAUAUUCCUCUAUAAAUAUUUACAUUUUCCAAUGUGUUUUCAUAGGCUGACCACGUUUCAUAUCUUGCACAGAAUUUUCAUUAAUGACUUUUUGAAUUCUUUUCUUUUUAAUUAUAUAAUAAAAUUGCAACUGUUUUUGAUGUU